GCGGCUUGUUUCUGCUCGAACGAAAAGCUACAAGAAAUCGAUCUUGCAACCCUGCCAAAACAGAUCGAGCAGUUUUUCCUCAAGUUUGGCAACUCGGUGUUUGUUUUGAUUUUUUUCUAGCAGUUUGAUUGUUAAAAUAAAAAGCAACAAGAAACUCGGUGAUUUUGGCGUGUUUCUGUAUACGGACGCUGAGGAAGUGCCGCCGGCGCCGGCCGCCGAUGAGUCCAAGGUGCUGGACGACAGCAUCGAGUGUCAGAAUGGUUGGAUUUGAUCUCGAACGGAAGCAGCACACCGAACGCGGCCGUCAGCUCGAGCAACGUGUACAACUCGACCCCAAUCCAGAAGCAGUUCGAAAUCAGCUCGGAGAGCGUGAGCAAGAUUACGCGACCCUCGGUAGACAACAGCCACCAGGAGGACGAGGAGGAGCACGGCGCCAUCGUGAUUCACACUCAAGCGCAACGGACAGUUCGGGGACAAUCUUCAGUCAGUCGAAGGCACCACUAUUUAAGGUUAAGCACACCGUCCGAGGGGCCAAGUUGAUGAUCGAGGAAUUCACCAAGAUCAAGCAAGGAUGAUGAGCUAUCGGACGCGGAACUGGACCAAAGCAGUUCCAACGCGAAGACGCCCAAAACAACCACCGAAAAGUGGUCGAGGAAUGAAGCGAACCCGCACCGAGUCCGAAGUCGAAGCAAGCCUCCUCGAAGAGCGCCAAGAAGCAAGAGCCGGAACCGCCAGUGAACCAGGACGAUUGGUUGUGCUGUAUGGCGCGGUGGUCCGACCGAAAGUACUAUGCAGGCAAGGUCACAAGGGAGACAACAAGUUCAUGAUGCUGUUCGUGGCAGUGCCUCGAAGGCCGAAGGCGACCACGUCGACCGGAUAUGCCGUAGCUCGUUCUCCCGGCAGUGGUUUGUGUACUUUCCAGCCAGCCCGUGUUUCGGCAACUCGUCUGCGUUCCGGAAGGUCCUCCCAGCAGUGGCCCGCGUUCCGAAGAGUCGUCCUCCUGGCAGUGGUUUGUGCGCGUCCCAGCAGCAGCCCGCGUUUCCGCAACUCGACCGUGUUCAGGAGGGCCGUCUACGGCGGACUUCCAGGAUAA